GUAGAAGAAGUGCGUCGUAGAGUAGAUAAUAUUGUGCUGUUAAAAACGUUUUACAAUAUCACAGGUACUUAUCUUAUAUAAGAAUUAUUAAGAAAUCUGUGAUACUGCCCUCAACUCUCUACAUUUUUGAUUUAAUUCAUCAUUGUCUGUGGACAUCGUGGUCUCUUACAAUUGAGCGAAGGUCAAGGGCUCUUAUUUUGAGUACACAGAGCGGAGAGACGGGUUUGAAUCCAUCUGGUCUGUGUAACUUAUUCGUCCGUCAAUCCGUUGGGGCACGCAUUUGGCCUUACCAUGAAAUAUCUCCGCUCAUAUCAGAAUCAACAAGGCCAAUCGACGACAGAGUUCGCCAUGACCGCAAAUCUAGCCGAGAUCAUGACUCACACAUUCGUUCGGCCUAAUUCCCAGUUGGUUGGGUUAACUUCGAUCACAGCACUAAAGAAGAAAUAUGUUGCACUUAGCGCCGUUUACGACGAGCAAGAUAACCGAACUCUGGGGACGCGGAUUCGAAUACCAACCGUGGUUUGAUUCCAGGUACGGACAGAGUAUUUAUCCACCUCGUCAGCAUGAAUCUGGGAUGCACCUAGCCUCUUGUCCAAUAGGACAGCGAGCUCUUUCCCCCGGGAAGACGAGACUGGUCGUGAAACUGCCCUCCACCGAUCCAAUUCAAAUAUGCAAGUGUCUCUGUAUACCUGGUAACAUUUUUCCGGUUGGGGAAGCCAACAUUCAAACUAACAACGUGCAGAAAGAUUACCCGACGAUGACACAGAAUAAUUACCACAGCAAGAACUGUAAGUUACAUCCAGUGUCUUCCAGUAGUCCUGCGGGAAACGAGUUCGCAGCAGUAACUGCGAAGAAGAAUGCUGCGAUUUCAUGCCACUUUCUAAGAGAAUCAAUAAUUUACAUAUCAAUAAUGGAAAUUGCUGCAGCAGUCUUGGUUAUCAACAUCUUAAACAUUCAGUCACAAAACAGGAUGACAUUUUUGAACCAAGCUCUGAUAACUGGGGAUGCAUGGAUGCAGCAGGAGAAUGCCUAGAAUUACUCUGCCAUCAGAGUUACAGGAAUGGAAAUGGCUGUCAUGUUGCAGUACAGUCUACUUGCAGUGAUAACAGUGAAAUUUCUCACCGACCUCAGCAGUCUGCAGAAGCUAGUGGCAGCAGCCCAGGUUUGCACCCCAGUGGUUGGGUGACAAACCAUAUCUUAUCUCAAUAUAAUCCAGCCCUCAGUGCAUCAGACAACCCAUAUUACUAUGAAAGUAACAAGUUAUUGUUUGCUUUGUACAUGGAGCGGUUACAUCGUAAUGGUGACACUCUCUAUUGAUCAUGUUUGUUCCACUUGUUCAAGUGGCUCUCUUAUUAAUUAGUGGUUUUAGAUAUCAUUGCAUAAAUCAGCAGAUGUGUGCUAUGUAGUAAUUUUAAGGGAAAUUAAUGGAUUUAUUCAUAUUUGUUGCUAAAUAAAGAUUUGCUUGUACAACAGUAGAAAACUUGGUUAUUAUGCAUUCUUUGCAAGAUGUGAAUAACAUGAAUACACAUAUGGUUGAUGAUGUCUAUUCAUCUGUUUGUCCAUAUACUUAAACUCAUGAACCACUGGAUGGAUUAUGAUUAAAUUUUAUGUGAACGUUGUGUCAACAUUGGCCAUAUCCACCUCUUACUUUCUAUUUUCCAAAAGUCAGCAAUGACAGGGCAGACACUUGAACUUGUGAGGUGUGAGUAACACUAAUCCCACCUAAUAUAUGGGUCCUGAAAUUAUGGAUUGUAACAUCUUAAAAUAUAUGCAACUGAUUUAUAAUAUGGUAAAAACAUGAAAUCUGAAUAUUGCGUUUGGUUUGAUAAAAAAGUGACUAAUGAACUUUGUGGCUCUGUGAAAUUUGGACAGAAAUAAUACAGUAGACCAUAAACAUACCCACAAAUUCUGUAUGAGAUAUAUUAACAUCAUGGUAACUCUAUGAAUCUUUGACAUUAUAUCCAACACUUGUAACAUAGGCAAAGUCUGCACUAAAAUAAGUUCUCAAGAAGGAAACAAAUAAUAGUAAUAAGAAGAACAUUCUGUAACUCAUUUAGAACUGCAUGCAAUAAAAUAUUCUGACUUGAUUGGGAAUUGAUCUUAUGACUAUAUGCACAUGAAGCUAGUAUACUAGCCCAUUAAUUAAAUUGCAUUCUGCUAUUUGUAUUACCUCAAUAUGAUCUUCACAAAACAGAAUUUAUAAAGCUUCAAUUGAAAGUUAUUUGUUUAAUUAAGAUAAUAAAAUCUUUGUUUCAUUGUUAUUUUAUCUAAAAUUAAUAAUCUAAACAUGAAUUGAAUAGAAAAACUAUAAUUUAGCAAGUUUGUAAAUUUAAUCACAAACAGUUCCAGUCUCUUUUCUGUGUGUGUGUGUGCGCGCUCCAGAAUGCACUUUUCCAUUAUUGUUAUAUCAUGCCAAGCUGAAAUAUUUUAAUGCCCAUGCACAAAGGAUCUUAUUACCAAUUGAACUGAUUGCUUUAAUUAAAUACUUUGCUGUACAUUUUUUAAAUUACAUGGCAUUUCAUGAGAUGAUUAAUACAUGGGGUGAUAUUUAUUAUAUUCUAGAAAGCAUGUUUGUUAUUUAUUUUAAUGUUACAUGUGUAGCAAGAAUAAGAUUAAAAAUUGUAUUAAUGACACAAAUUAGUCAAUAAAAAUAUACAACUGAAGAUAACUGAAAUGUAUUCAUCCAAAUUACAUUACUAUAAACUGACUUUGAAUAA